UCUUGCUACGAAGUCGAAGUAAAUACUUACAUACUCUUUGGAGUAGAAUACUUGCAGUUCUGCUACGCCUUGCGACGCCUAGCGCGCUGCGCUCUGCUAGCUCGUUCGUUGUGGACGUGAGGAUUGUGAAGUGUUUAUGUUGAUGGAUUUCUUUAUUUUGAACUGUUUUAAAAAAAUAUUGUUAUAUUCUUUAUAAUGCCAACAAUGUUGCAGUUUAAUAACAUUUUCAUUACCGUGGUUUAUAAGCAUAAGUAGAGUGCAACAGGCGUUCUAAGGGGACGUAAAGGGUUCGUGUAAACAGUAAAGAACAUUGUGAUUACAAGAUGCCUAUGGAUUCUGAAUGCGAGUGUGACCUGGUGUCAAAGGAAUGGCUUUUAGCCAAGCUGCGAUCAGACGAGAGGGAUAUGAUUUUGAUCGACUGUCGAGGAUCAAAUGAGUAUGCCAUGUCUCAUAUACGAUCCGCUGUGAACUUCUCCAUCCCAAGCAUAAUGUUGCGACGGCUUGCGGCAGGAAAGAUAGAGCUCGCGUCGACGGUUCAGUGCAAGGAGUUGAAGGCGAGGAUCACACACUGUUGUUCUCGGGGCACUUUCGUCCUAUACAGCGAUGGAGCGCCCCGAGACCCUGACUCUGUACAUGGAAUUCUACUCAGGAGACUCAAACAAGAUGGCGUGCAAGUCGUCUGCCUCGAAGGGGAGUUUAUGGAGUUCCGGCGCGCGUAUCCCGAGUGGUGCAGUGAGGCGGGCGCUCAGCACGUGCCCCACCUGCCGCUCAUGGGCCUCAGGUCCCUUCGUAUAUCUGGGUCCGGUUGUGAGGAGGCGCUGUCGUCGGGCUCGUCGUCGGAGUGCGAGGACGCGCACACGCAUGCGCACGUGCAGCAGGAGUUCCCCAUAGAAAUCCUGCCCAACCUCUACCUCGGCAACUCAACCAACAGCGAGGAUUGCGACGCACUCGCCAGGCACAAUAUUAAAUACGUGUUGAACGUGACCCCGGACCUGCCCAAUACGUUCGAGGCGGAGGGCUGCGGCAUCAACUACCUCAAGAUCCCCAUUGCGGACCACUGGAGCCAAAACCUCGCCGUGCACUUCCCACAGGCCAUACGAUUUAUAGAGGAGGCGAUGUCGGCGCGGUGCGGCGUGCUGGUGCACUGUGUGGCGGGCGUGUCGCGCUCUGUGACGGUGACGCUGGCCUACCUGAUGCAGCGGCACCGGCUCUGUCUCCGCGACGCCUUCGAGCUGGUGCGCAGCCGCAAGACUGACAUCGCGCCCAACUUCCACUUCAUGCGCCAGCUGCACUGCUUCGAGCGUGACCUCGGCCUGCACGAGCACAGCGCCAGCCUGAAGUCAAAGUGUCGGUGGCAGGGAUACAGUCGAGGAGGCGUCUUAGUUUAGGAGUCGGACGCUAUUGUAGAGAUAAUAUUGACGGC